AUGUCUCUUGCCGCUUUCGUCACUGAUGCAGACCUUAACAUACUUGACGAGGAGGGUUAUGAAGCUAUCAUUCACCACAAAAAAGAGCAACUUGAUCAGAUGGGCGAGUGGUGCACAAGACACCAUGGCGAAUCUGGUCUGUCACAGGCUUGUCUCGACUCGACUACCACUGCAGAAAUGGCUGCUGAGGGCUUGCUGCAAUACAUCAAGAAAUUUGCACCGGAGCGCCGUACUGCACUCAUUGCUGGCAACUCCAUCCAUGCCGAUAGAGGGUUUCUCGUGCUACAGCCAUACAAGCCGAUCAUCGAUCAUCUUCACUAUCGAAUCUUCGAUGUCAGCAGCAUCAAAGAAGCUGCACGAAGAUGGGCACCAAAAGAGACGUUGAAGAAGAUUCCUAGGAAACAGAUGCUCCAUGAGGCCCGUGCAGAUAUUUUAGAAAGUAUCGAAGAGGCAAAGUUCUACCGUGAGGCCUUCUUCCUCAAGAAAGAUUAA